GGCGUAGGUUGCAGAGUGCAACGUUGUUUGAGUUGUUCAUUCCAAUUUCCAUGGCGCUUUCAUGGCGACCCUUCAUAAUCUCACGCCUGAAUGACGUUUCACUCCACUCUCUCCACCCUUCAAAACCUCCACCUCCUCCCUCCCUCCUCCGCCGCCGCCGUUGUUUCAUCACAGCCUGCCUCGUCUCCGGCGUCGACGGCUUCUCCGACGAUGUCGUUUCGACCCGAAAAUCCACCUUCGACCGUGGUUUCACCGUCAUCGCCAACAUGCUGAAGCGCAUCGAACCCCUUGAUAACUCCGUCAUCUCAAAGGGUGUCUCUGAUUCCGCUAGAGACUCCAUGAAGCAAACCAUCUCCACCAUGCUCGGAUUGCUACCCUCCGAUCAGUUCUCCGUCACCGUCACCGUUUCUAAGCACCCCCUCCAUCGCCUUCUCGUCUCUUCAAUCAUCACCGGGUACACUCUUUGGAAUGCGGAGUACAGGAUGUCCCUGAUGAGGAAUUUUGAUAUAUCGCCUUGUGGGGCUCAAAGGUCGAAGUUGGAAGCUAGUUCGGAGGUUUUGGAGGUGAAGGGUGGAGGAGAGGAUGAUGGGAAGAUUGAGGUUGUUUCUGCUGAUUUGGGGUUCAAGGAUUUGGAAAGUUGCAGCCCGAGAGUGUUUGGAGAUUUGCCUCCUCAGGCUCUUAGUUACAUCCAGCAGUUGCAGUCUGAAUUGACAAACGUGAAGGAGGAGCUUAAUGCCCAGAAGCAGGAAAUAAUGAAAUUAGAAUAUGACAAAGGGAACCGGAACAAUUUGUUGGAAUAUCUUCGGUCUCUGGAUCCUGAUAUGGUGACUGAACUGUCUCGGCCUUCAUCAAUAGAAGUGGAGGAUAUAAUUAACCAGCUUGUUCAGAACAUAUUGAGAAGAUUCUUUGUGGAUGAUGCUAGCUCUAAUUUUAUGGAACAAUCAGUAGCAGGAAACAUAGACAAUCACCCAGAAAGGGGUGAUGGGUUUAGUGAUACAGUAGGCACUUCCCGUGAUUACCUAGCAAAGUUGCUUUUCUGGUGUAUGUUAUUGGGUCAUCACUUGAGAGGGUUGGAAAACAGAUUGCAUUUGAGUUGUGUUGUUGGACUGUUGUAGAGAACAAAGUGUAAGGCAUGUAUAUUCUUUUCUUUCCUCCUUUUUCUUUUUAUUCCUCCCCCCCUCCCUAUAAAAUUUUGUCUAUAAUAACAGUAAUACUAUUCAAUGAAAAACUGAACGUAUGGAAUAAUCA